CGUGAACUUUAAUGAAAGUUACAAAGGGGAAAGCAGCAGCAGCAGCAGAUAGGAGGUGUGAGGCUGCUGCCCCCGGGAGGGUUUGCAUCUGACAGUAGCCCACAUCAGUGACACCACCCCAGCCAAUCACACCGGGCUGGGGAGGAGAGCACAAACCUCACCCCCUCAUCACAAACUUCAGUAGAAGAAUAGGAGAAACUUAUUAUCAGCAGCACUGCAGAGGCUGAGGGAGCAGAGGUGCCUGGUGCUGAGAGAGGGGAGCCGUGCACCCAGCAUGACAGCCAGCACUGCCCUGACCGCAGAGCUGACACUCACACACACCAUUGACGUUCUGCCAGACUGAGGAGCCCAGCAGCACCAGGAGGACAGUACAGCACCAGGAGGAGAGUUACUGUACACCUGGCACUUACCUGGCUGCAGCCCAUUAGCACUGACUGUGGGCAGCACACAGACCUGGCACAGAGUUGGGAGGAGGGGGGGUGGGGGUCACCACUGGACUAUGCCCGGCUGGCACUGACCUGAGCCAGGAAGCAUGUACGCCGAGCAGAACAUGAGCGCCCCCGGCAACGCGAGCGCCGUGGGCAGCAGCCUGGGCGGCAGCCGCCCCCCCACCAUCCCGGCGGUGAUGUUCAUCUUCGGGGUGGUGGGGAACACGAUCGCCGUCAUCGUCCUGUGCAAGUCCCGCAAGGAGCAGAAGGAGACCACGUUCUACACGCUGGUGUGCGGGCUGGCGCUGACCGACCUGCUGGGCACCUGCCUGGUGAGCCCGGUGACCAUCGCCACGUACGUGCAGAACCGCUGGCCGGGCGGCCAUGCCCUGUGCGAGUACAGCUCGUUCAUCCUGCUCUUCUUCGGCCUGUCCGGCCUGAGCAUCAUCUGCGCCAUGUCCAUCGAGCGCUACCUGGCCAUCAACCACGCGUACUUCUACAACCACUACGUGGACAAGCGGCUGGCCGGCCUCACCCUGUGCGCCAUCUACGCCUCCAACGUGCUCUUCUGCGCCCUGCCCAGCAUGGGCCUGGGCAAGACCACCUUCCAGUACCCGUACACCUGGUGCUUCAUAGACUGGCGCACCAACGUCUCCAGCCACGCCGCCUACUCCUACAUGUACGCCGGCUUCAGCUCCUUCCUCAUCCUGGUGACGGUGCUGUGCAACGUGCUUGUGUGCGUGGCGCUCAUCCGCAUGCACCGGCAGUUCGUGCGCCGCACCUCCCUGGGCACCGACACCCGCAUCUCCGACUUCAGGCGGCGCAGGAGCUUCCGGAGGAUGGCCGGGGCCGAGAUCCAGAUGGUCAUCCUGCUGAUCGCCACCUCCGUGGUGGUGCUGAUCUGCUCCAUCCCCCUGGUGGUACGAGUUUUCAUCAACCAGCUCUACCAGCCACCACUGGUGACCGAUAUAUCAAGCAACCUAGACUUGAAGGCUAUCCGAAUUGCCUCGGUGAAUCCCAUCUUGGACCCUUGGAUUUAUAUCCUCCUUCGAAAGACAGUACUGAGCAAAGUUAUAGAAAAGAUCAAAUGCCUCUUCUGUAGGAUUGGCGGUGGCAGAAGACCACACUCUGCAGGAAGUUUUAACUGCACCGAGGGCAGAAGGGCAUCGUCUGCUCUUUCAAGUCAUUCCCCCUCCUUUGUUUCCAGAGAGUUACGGGAAGUGUCAACAUCACAGACUUUACUGUACCCUCUUGAACUAAGUGAUGGUAGCUUCAGGGGUAGUACAGUUUUACCCGGGGCUACCAUGGCCGUCAAUCUUCCCGGGGCACCAGACCGGACGUUACGUGGUUCUGACCAGUCAGUUUCUUCUCAUGGUCCAGAAUCUGAGCAGGUACUGCUAGAAAAUGAGACUCGGCCAACAAGGGCCACUCAAAACGGCUCUUCUCCCAAGGGGAAUCCACUGCACGUCACUUUUCCCGACGAAACAUUGAAUGUAUCGGAAAAAUGUAUAUAGCGACUUCAAGAACUACAUUUUAGUAAUUGUGCUAUUAGCUGGUACAAUGACCAUAAUGUUCUACUUACUCCCAAAAAGGACUACGGUCUUGUUACAAGAACUCCAUUCGUCCUUUAAGACAUCUGAGGGUUCCUGACAAAAUUGGAGACCAAAGAACUGAUAGAUGCAAAAAAAAAAGUGUUCAGUUUAUUGGAAACAUUCAUUUUUGUGUGUGUUUUUUGUUUUUCUCCUGACACUAUUGCAUAUUCCACUGGCACUUUUGAAGACUCCGCAGCUUCACCUUUAUGUAAAGGAUGGCUGUUUUUUGAGGGACAGAAGAUCAAUUGUUUUAUGACUCCUGAUUACCUAGUUGACAUUUUAAUGGACAAGUUUGUCUGAUGUCAAUGUUUCUAGCUAAGCUUUAAAAAAAAUGUGAAUUUUUAUGGAUGAAUAUAUGUAUAUGGGAUCUUGAAUGUAUUUAUUGUCUUCUCUGUGAGAAGGUUUUCAGAUUAAAAUGUCUAGUUUAAAGAAUUUAAA